AUGAGUGGAAAGGACGGUUUGUUCGGCGAGAAGCACCUCAAUAACAAACAAAACGAAGGCUUCCCUAGGGGGAAUGUCUCAUCAGUCUCUGCUUCCUUUAUGCUUAUUUCCCAAAUCGUGGGAUCUGCUUUGUUAUCCAUUGCAUACAUUUUCUCACGAGUUGGCUUAGGUUUAAUGUUCUUUGUUUUACCAUUAUCCUUCGCCAUAGCGCUGGUUCUUAUUUUCCCCGUUAUUGAAGGUUGUUACCUUACGCGGUCUUACUCGUAUCGGGCAUUAGCCCAAAAGGUCAUUGGGCCAAAGUUUGCAUACGUCAUGGACGCAAUGCUUAUAGUUCUCUACUUUGGCUUUCUUACGAGCUACAUCAUCAUUGCUAGCCAAUCAGUUAUUGGGAUUCUACAGUCAUUCCUUCCUUCGUUCGACUCACACAAGUGGAUACCAUACGUGAUAAAAGCCGGCGUCUCCUUCCUCAUCAUCCUUCCUCUUUCUCUCCUCAAGUCCACGAAGGUGCUUUCUGCCAUAGCGUCUGUCUCCAUCUUCUUUGCGAUGGGCAUGGCCGUCACCAUCCCUGUAUACUACUUCAUCUCCCUCGGACGCAACGGGCAGGUCUGCCCUCGCUUUCCUUCAGCAAAGCCGACCAACGGCAGCACGGCAGGGGGCUUCUUCCGCCCUGCGAUCCCCUGGUGGCCGUCCCCGAGCAAGGGGUUGGGGCUCGGGUCCCUGCCCAUGGGGUUCCUGUUCUUCUUCAGCUACAUACCCUUGCUUCAAGGAAACUAUACCUCUCAGUUGGCCGUCCCGGCGAUGCUCGAACUCAUCAGUGGUCCCAUGUAUCUUCGAAUGCGUAUUCUUAAGAUAUCAAUUACAAUUGCGUUCAUUUUCUGCACAAUGUUAUACGUGUUAACAGGCAUAUUUGGCGCCCUCUUGUUUGGCAAGUCAAUCCUUCCUAAUCUAUUAUCGUCGUUCGAUAUCUGUGUGGACUACUGGAUCACAUCGAUAAAAGCAAUGUAUGGCCUGGUUGUUUGUGUUACGUAUCCCAUUGCUCUGUUUCCGCUUAAGCUUUCCUUAAUUGCGUAUACAAAGGUAGAUUGUGAGAACAAUCCACGACGGUGGUACGGGCUCUUUGUAGCGUUUAGCUUUGUGUUUUUGAUUCCUGGUGUAGGUAUAGCCCUUGUCUACGAAAACAUAGCUGCCAUUUUUGGACUUGUGGGGUCACUGUGCGGUGGGGUGAUCUACUUUGGAGUCCCAAUUUGGGUACACUAUAAGCUACCAUUUCUCCGAGCCGAGUAUCCGCAUGACAUCAAUGAAGAAUUCAAGGAGGCUGCAGAUCAUCUAGGAGUUGUACGCACAGAGGCUAUUGGGACCUCUGUGCUGGCACUAAUGCUCCCCGGCAGUGCUAACGAGGUUCUUUCUAGAGCCAGGGCACUAAGUAACACCGAUCCUAUCAACGUAACUUCCGCUAAAGUCCGCGGCAAAUCCAUGGAGGACCCCGUGCUGAGCAUCCGGUCCGUUAUUGGAGUCAUACGUGGAAGGUCGUUUUCUACCGCAGUCCCCAGCUUUUCUGCAUCACAAACAUCGUCGGCGUCGCCAAUUUCUAAAGCAUCCAAGCCACCACCAUUCACAGUUAAUGUGGAAUAUUCGCGGCCACGCACAACAUCCAUUUUUAAUAGCAGACCCACCCUGACGCGUGCACUCUCAAAGAAAGAAGGCGUCAACCAGCAGUCUGAAACGCUCAGUCUAACCCAGAACAGCAUUCGAAUCUCUGAGGCUAAUAAGAUAGACUCUACAGAAUCUACAGAGCAGACAACGUGCAUUACAGAAGACGUUACAAAUGUCCUUCCAGCAGUUCCUAUGACACGCAUAAUGGAAAUAGGAAAUAUCUGCGGGACCAUUGAUCCAGACCUGGAGCGUGCGAAAAUGACUCCUCGUCGUCAUAUGCUCGCAUGGAGCGUUAUAGCUUUAUUCGGUCUAAUAUGCGUGGAGGGAAUUUUCAUCAAUGUAAUGGACUUCAUCGGGAAGCUAGACUAA